AUGUCGUGGCAGCCAAAGCUUCGCCCCAAGGGCUUCCCGCAUCGCAUUGACGACUUUGCGGCUGUGGCUUCGUUGUCGGAACUGGAGCAUCGGGCCCGGACUGGCGAGGACAAGCGCGACCAGCGCGUCUUCCGGGUCAAGCGUAAACAUGUUUUGAAGGCUUGUGAUCGCUGUCGCGUGAAGAAGACCAAGUGUGAUGGGAAACAGCCUUGCAACCGUUGCUCAGUAUACAACCACCCUUGCCUAUUCCGUGAAAGAAAGGCCACGCAGACCAAGGCAUAUCCUCAAAGGCUCAUAGAGAAACCACACAGAUUUGUCGAAAUGCUCGAAUCCCACCAUUCCCUGGUUGUAAAAGCCCUCCAGAAACUCUACAAAUUCUGCAUCAACAACGAAGGCUUCCCAGGCGAUCCCCUCGCCGAAGCCCCAGACGGACACCCCCUAACACACGCAAUCCUCGAUCGUCUAGGGCUGAUUAAACAAGCCGAAGAGAACGCCGACGAGCCAGACGAAGACUCGGAGGAUCUGCGCUACCUACGACUGCUAUCAACAUCUACCGAAUGUAGCGUCACAGCAGAGCCCUCGCCAGAGCCAACAACGCCGCCAGAGCCUUCACCAACCAUAUCUCGCCCACCAUGCCCAAUCCCAACACCCAUAUCCGUGCCCAGCCGCACCGCCACCACAAGCUGGCAAUGGGAUCUCCAGCCCGUCCAUCAGACGAGCUACAGCUACCCAGAUUCAGGGUACCACGACCUAAUGGCUCUGCAGCAACGGUCGUCCAUGAAUGCGCCAGAUAUGAGCGCUGAUAUCGCGCCCCAUGUUGAUCUGCCCCCUGCGUCUUCUGGCCUACCGCAUCAUUCUCAACAUGCGCACCACGAAUCACCGUUCCCGUACAUCCUGGAUGGAUGCUGUGAUUCCGGCACUACCCAGCAGGAUAUUAAGCCUGUGAUUGCGAGGUUACCUCCCGGCCUCCUGAUUGAGUCUCAUACGCAUUCCCAUCAUCUUGCUGGGAAUCUGUCGCCAGAGAUGAUGGGUGACUUCCAUUUCCCGGCACAUGACUCGACGUUUUAUCCUGGGUUUACACCUGGCUGGAAUUUUCCUUCGGCCUAA